GGCCACGUGACGAAGUCCACGCAACUUCUUCAGUUGAUUUCAACAUGGACUCCGUAGUAGCGGGCAAACGAAAACACUUCGAUGCAGACGAAGAUACAACCAAUCGAAAGAAGCAUCUAGCUGAGAAUGAUGAAAAGAAACACACUUCGAUAGUGUUUUCGUUGAAAGAAGAGAUUGGAUCGCUGGCUAGAGCCCUCAAACUUUUUGAGGAUCACAAUGUGAACAUGUCACACAUUGAGUCAAGGCCAUCAAAGCGCUCCAAGUCAGAAUAUGAUUUCAUUGUGGAUUGUGAAGAACUCCAAGGGGCCAAGCUUGAAAAGUUUAUGGAUGCCUUGAAGGGUCAUGCUUUGUCUAUCAUGCUACAUUCAGAAGAAGGAGGAGAUCCUGAUGAUGUGCCUUGGUUUCCUCGUAAGAUUGCAGAUUUGGACAAAUUUGCAAACAGAGUAUUGAGCUAUGGUUCAGAGCUUGAUGCUGACCAUCCAGGCUUCACUGAUCCAGUGUACAGGGCUCGCAGAAAGGAACUUGCAGAUAUUGCAAUCAACUACAAGCAUGGUCAGCCAAUUCCACAUGUGAAGUACACAGCAGAGGAGAUCAAGACCUGGGAUAAGGUGUUUUCUGAGUUAACAAAGCUGUACCCCACUCAUGCUUGCCCUGAACACGGUUAUGUGUGGCCGCUGUUGGUGCAAAACUGUGGCUAUAGGCUUGGUAACAUCCCACAGCAAGACGUGGUGUCAAAUUUCCUGAAGGAAUGCUCUGGCUUCAGUCUUCGCCCAGUUGCCGGCCUGAUCUCAUCACGUGACUUCCUUGCUGGACUUGCCUUCAGAGUCUUCCAUGCUACUCAGUAUAUUAGACAUGGUUCCACCCCUCUGUACACCCCUGAGCCGGACACUGUUCACGAGCUCAUUGGUCAUGUCCCACUUUUCGCUGAUCCCGAUUUUGCUCAGUUUAGUCAGGAGAUUGGCUUGGCAUCUUUAGGGGCCCCAGAUGAGUGGAUCGAAAAACUGGCCACGCUCUACUGGUUCACAAUUGAGUUUGGACUCUGUAAACAAGACGGAGAAGUCAAGGCUUAUGGAGCCGGGCUGCUAUCUUCCUUUGGAGAACUUCAGUAUUGUCUGACAGAUGAACCAGAGAAGAGGCCGUUUGAGCCUGAGAAGAUUGCGGUACAGAGCUAUCCCAUAACCAAAUAUCAACCGGUGUACUUUGUCGCUGACAGUUUCCAAAGUGCAAAGGAAAAAGUCAGGGAAUUUGCGGCCAAAAUCCCCAGGCCCUUCUCAGUCCGUUACAACCCAUACACACAGUCCGUGGAAGUAUUGGACUCAAAGGACCAGAUAAUGAAACUGGCCAAUGACAUAAAAGGGGACGUCGCCACUCUGCAGGAAGCUCUCGGCAAAUACGAAUAAACAAAAGACUUGUAACUAAGAAUUCUGAGGCAAACAGUGCACAUUUUGAUAGCUUUUAAGACUUUUUUGUCUCAAAGAAAAUAUUAUUUGCGUUGACAAACUCAGUAGAAAGGGAACGCUUGUGUGGAAUAAUGUAAAUGUAGCUUGGAAAUGUGUUCUUCUAAAAGGUCACUUUGGUUAGUAUUGUUCGAUGUAAAAUUAUCGUUGUUACCUAUUUUAGAUUGCAUAUACUAUUUAAAGAGUACCAGAUCUUCAACAGUUAAAUCUAUUUUUAAACAGUACUAGAAUUAGGCAUGCAGAUAUAUUUAUGGUCAACACACAAUAAAAUUUGCCCUGCACUUUUCAGACUUUA